AUGGGUGAAGUCGUCAAUGUCGCCGUCGCAUUUCUUGUCAUUAUCUUCAUCUUUCGCUGGGUGACGACUGCAGGCACGUUGUCGUCGUCGUCGUCUCUCUGUGCUCUGAAUACUGGCGAUGUGCUCGGAUUUAGACCAAAGAACGUGACCCAGGAAAUGAUUGAUGCAGUAACAGCAGUAUUUCCCGACAUCCCUCCAGACAACAUUCGAUACGACCUUCUCCGGACGGGCAACGUCGAGCAGACCACCAACAAGAUCCUCGAGCGCGGCUUCCUUGAUGCACCUCCUCCCCAAUACUACACUGUCUACCCCCGCCAAUCUCCCGCCCCCGCCCCGCCACCGGCCCCGACACCGGCUCCCCCCCAAAAAGAGACCCUUAUAUCCCGCUACGGCCUCCAUGACAGACUAGCUGCAGAACCCUCUAUCCUGGAAUCAGAAAUCGGUGGCAAGGCAGUCUGGGAAGACAGCCCAGAGAAACGGGAGGCCAGCCUGAAGGAACGCAAGGCAAGGAUGAUCCUGGCUGCUCGACAGUGA